CCUUCACUUCUCUUCAAUCUUGGAAAAACGGACUUACUAGCCAUGAAGGUCAUCAUUCUUGCCUGCCUGGUGGCUCUUGCUCUUGCAAGGGAGAAGGAACAAUACAGUGCAUCCUCUGAGACUGUAGAAAAUCUUUCAAGCAGUGAGGAAUCUAUUACACAAUACAAGCAGACAGUUGAGAAGGUUAAACAUGAGGACCAGCAGCAAAGAGAGGAUGAACGCCAGGAUAAAAUCGACCCCUCUUUCCAGCCACAGCCUCUGAUCUAUCCAUUCGUUGAGCCUAUCCCCUAUGGUUUUCUUCCACAAAACAUUCUGCCUCUUGCUCAGCCUGCUGUGGUGCUGCCUGUCCCUCAGCCUGAAAUAAUGGAAGUCCCUAAAGCUAAAGACACUAUUUACACUAAAGGCAGAGUGAUGCCCGUCCAUAAAUCUCCAACGAUGCCCUUUUUUGAGCCUCAAAUCCCAAAACUCACUGAUUUUGAAAAUCUUCAUUUUCCUCUGCCUCUGCUCCAGCCCUUGAUGCACCAGGUCCCUCAGCCUAUUCCUCAGACUCUUGCGCUUCCCCCUCAGCCCCUGUGGUCUGUUCCUCAGCCCAAAGUCCUGCCUAUCCCCCAGCAAGUGGUGCCCUACCCUCAGAGAGCUGUGCCUGUUCAAGCCCUUCUUCUCAGCCGAGAACUUCUACUUGAUCCCACCCACCAGAUCUACCCUGUGGCUCAGCCACUUGCCCCAGUUCAUAACCCCAUUAGGGUCUAAGAGGAUUUCAAAAUUAAUUUUCCCUCCUCAUUUUUGAAUUGACUGAGACUGGAAAUAUGAUGCCUUUUUCACCUUUGUAUCAUGUUACCCCUAAUUAAGUAUGAUUGAAUGAGUUUAUAUGGAAAAAACUUUAUUCCUUUAUUUAUUUAUAUAUUAUAUGUCAUUCAUUUAAUUUGAAAUUUGACUCAUGAACUAUUUACAUUUUCCAAAUUUUAAUUCAACUAGUACCACAGAAGUUCAAUAUUCAUUCGGAGAUGCUACAAACAUAUCAAACAUAUGUAUACAAAUUGUUUCUGGAAUUGUGCUUAUUAUUAUUUUUUGAAGAAUCUAUUUCCUUUCCAGUCAUUUCAAUAAAUUAUCCUUAAGCAU